UUCAAAGGGAUCCGCCUCCCACAUCUCUGAGAUUGAAACUGACUGAACAAGCUUCUUCACGAACAGACUGCAAGACACCAUGGAGGCCGGUGUAGUCGUCCUGCUGUUGUUCGCACUGGUGGGGAUUUCUUCAACGCUCAACUUGUACGGAGAUAGCAUUAGUUUAAUGCCUGCAAAAAGUAAUUUGGAUGGGACAUUUAAGGUGACCUUCUAUCACCGACAGAAUGGCAGAAGCAUCUGUGAAGACCAAUUUUGUUUCAACUGUGAGAGUUCGGUGUGCACAGGCUUGGACGAGUCCAUUGUGCUGAAGACGGACCAGGACAACACCGGCCAGCACAGGUGGUGCCAGUCCGAAAGGCACACAACAGCAACCAUCCGCACUAAGAAAAACUCCUUUUCUCUGAUAGACUGUUCAAAAGCAAACUGGACGGUUCAAGCAGAGUUGGACCUGGGACGUCGAUCCGACUCACACGCCCUCAACGGCUGUCCCAUAACAACAACAGUGUCCUGGCUACGAUCGCCUCAGAACUGCUUCUCAGGGCUUCCUCUCCUGGCAUACGAUCCAGACGGAGAUCGUGUGAGAUGCCGCUUUGCUCCGUCUCCAUCUGCGUCUCCAGCUGCUGCAAACUUCACCGUGGAUGAGACUACGUGCACGCUGAGAACCACGGGUCAAGUCGCCAUCGGCGUCCACGUGUUUGAGCUGGUCCUGGAGGACUUUCCCAGGAAAAACAUCACGUUGACGUACGCAGAUGGAACGUCAGCGUUUCGGGAGCCCUCCGACAUUAACUCGCCGCCUCUCUGCACAGUGAAUCUGCAGUUCACCAUGGAGAUCCUUCCUCCGAUACCAAACUGUGACGCUGGUCACGUUCGGCCCAUGUUCUUGUCCAGGACCCCUUCCCAUGGGGAGGUUCUUCACGCCACUGUGGGUCAGACGUUCCAGCUUUAUGCCCAAGCACAGGCACACCGUACCAGCAUCCACGACUUCCAGGUGAGCGGCCCCCAGAACAUGAGCAAAGUGUUCAAAGACGAUGAGUUUGGAAAAGCCGAAGUGAUUCUGAGCUGGACGCCACAGCAAAGCGACCUGUACAGGUCUGUCCCGGUGUGCUUCACUGCAGAGACGAAUGAAAGCCAAUCAGACAUGAGGUGCGUUGUUCUCAUGGUAACCCAAGCAGCUCUCAUCCAAGGCAAGGCCAGUGUCACAUGCUCACCCAACAAGAUGACGGUGGCCCUGGAGAAAGCUUCCAUGCCCGACAUCGACGUGAACUUCCUCCAGCUGAGAGACACGUCGUGCUCUCUCACCUCCAACGGCACGCACAUCCUAGGCAGCAUGUCAUUCACCACCUGCGGCACUAAACUUGAGGACAAAGGCGACUUUCUGGAUUUUGUGAAUGAGAUCACCUCCUUCGAGCUGGCCAACGAGAUAAUAGUCCGAAGGAAGGCAGUUAAGAUUGAAAUCUCUUGCAAGUUUCCCAAAAGCAUCAGCAUCUCCAGUUACUACAAUCUCGGAAACUCUGACUACAUUUUCACUGAGUCCAGCUUCGGCAGCUUUGGCUACACCUUCGAAGUGUACACCAAUAGCAACUUUACAAGCAAAGUGCCGGCCAAGGCCUAUCCAGUGGUGGUCACUUUGUUAAAUAAGAUUUAUAUGGGCAUUCAGGCUCAAUCGGAUCUACCAAAUGUGUCAUUGUUUGUCGAAUCCUGCAAAGCCACUCCUGAUGACAACCCUGAGAACACCCUCACCUAUGAGCUCAUCAGGAACGGGUGUAUAAAGGAUGAGACACUUAAAGUCCACCCAUCAAACCAGACUGCAUUCAACUUUGAGCUCACAGCUUUCAAAUUUUCUGGAAACUACGAUGAGGUGUACAUCACCUGCUCCGUCAUCCUGUGCGAGUCUGGGAAUGCCCUUUCCAGAUGUGCCCAGGGAUGCGUGGCGCAGCCAGCCCGCAGACGCAAGCGAUCGCUGCACAAGGAGACAGUCAGCCACUCCAUUACCCAGGGUCCUUUUCGGUUUGUCGAGCAGGAAGUUCCCAAUGCAGCCAUGGAAGACAACAACAGGCGGAUGGAAAAGAGUGACACAACGGCUGCAGCGAACCCUCCACCGGUGUCUUCAGACACCAAACCAAGCGGAGGACGUCGGGACUUUGCUCCUACGGUCUCCAGUGGAGGACCCUGGGGAAUCAGGCAGAUCCUCAACACCGACACCAGCACCGUGGUCUUCGCCUGCGUCUUCUCUGUAGCACUGGUGUUGAUGGCUGUGCUGCUUCUUUACUUCACGAGGAAGAGAAAAGCAGACAACCAAAAAUCUCUCUUGGGCUGGGACAACUGAAAACACAAGAUAUAUUUUGGUAAAGGAUGGGUUCAGGUUCUUAAAACAACCCUCAUACCUACCCAGAUGUAGGGAUUCUCAAACCAGGACCAUGGUACUCUGCCAGGGGUCUGUGGAAGUUUCCAGUUUCAUUCAUUUAAAUUCUUUUUUUUUCUU